UAUAAAAGAAUCACGCACGGCUGAGAAUGAGCUUUGGCUUGAAGGUUCGCCGGAAUUAACGCAACUGUCUUUUCGACUGUGGAAGAGGUGCGCUUCCUGUUCCAUUCCGCCUGCGAUCACUUCUUUGUAUCUCGAAUGCUAUCAGCUGAUUGAAGCAGGAUUGAGUGAAAAGGAUUUCAUGACAGUCAUAGCCACAUUGCCGUCGCUAAGCAAAGAUUCACUUUAAGGAGUUGUAUUGAGGAUCGGUUGGUUGAACUUCGAGCAGAAUAAAUCAUCUUGCGGGUAAAAGAUGAGCGAGAGCCCCACCAGCAUGGAUGGAAAUAUGUCAGGAGAGUUUGCUAACUCCACUCUCGAACCAGACAUUGGGGGAUUGGUACCAAACAAACACCUUUUCAUCGCCAUUUUCUGCAUCUUCUGCGUCUUUGGUGUCAUAGGAAAUGGUAGUCUGGUUUUUCUUGUCAUCCGGUUCCCACAUCUACGAACCAUGCCCAAUAUACUCAUGAUCAACUUGACUAUUGGUGACUUGCUGUUCAUAGUCUCUACCCUACCAAUCAUCAUCCAAAUGGAACUGGGUGUUGUACCACAGUACGAAACCGUAGGGAUGUGUAAGUUUGUCAACUUCUUUCCCGUAUUUGGCAAGGGGGUGACUGUUCUUUCUAUGAUGACGUUGAGUGUGGAGCGGUACUGUGCCAUAGUACAUGGCUUGGAGAUGCGUUCGAUGAGGACCAGUCGGCGAGUCCUGGGCGCGAUGAUUUUUAUUUGGGGAAUGACAUUCCUCAUAAGCUUACCUGUACUGAUAACCGCUGGUUUUUUGUAUGAAGGUAACGAAGAUACACCCAAAAUAUGUGCUGAUAUGUAUAUUGGAGAGCCGGGAACCAUUGCGUACGUCAGCGUCCAAAUAACUUUGUUGUACAUAUUGCCUCUUCUAGUAAUGGGAUUUUGUUACACGUCAGUCGCUGUGAUAUUGACAAAAGGGGCGCACAAGACGAACAGCAAUAGUCGCAGCAGCACCAACUACAAAGCUCGAAAACGGCUAGCCAUCGCCAUGAUUAUCAUGGCAGUUUUCUUUGGCGUUUUCUGGUUUCCAGUCACCGCUUUCAGUCUGUACUUCCAGGUGCACUUCAAAACACUUUACGAGCUUAAUGAUUCAGAGAUGGCCGCGUUUCAGUUCUUUCGCCGCUGUAGUCGCGUCUUCGCGUACACAAACUCCUGUUUCAAUCCCUGGAUCCUGUAUUUUAUCAGCACGACCCAUCGACGGGCAAUCGCCAGAUGUCUUUGCUCCUGCGGGGGAAAGGAUGCAGAUGAAACUGGCGGAUAUCGCAUGGUGCGCAUGCGCAACAACGGCAGGACUGUCACUACAUUUCAUUCUUACACCAGCGAGUCGGGUACCAACAGAACACAUAUUAAAGCAGAGGAUAUCUAAGAUUGCAUUUCAUUGGAUGCGAGUAAUGAAUUGUGACCUCGCAGUAACAGGUUCGUCCAACAAAGCGUCGGAAAGUAUUUAGCAAACAGAUUACUGUGUUAAACUACAAUCACCUUUCAAAUGCAAAUCGUGUCAAGAAUUUUACGUUAGCCCAGUAUAUUUUAACAACGGGAAAAUGUUGGAAACCUCUACCUCCAGACUAACAGAUUAACCAAUGCAGUUCAUGACAGGGAUUAAAAAACUCAAUUCUUUCGAGCUGAGUAGGUUACGUUAUCCUUACACCACCAACGAGAGAGAGUUGUACACCAGAUUGAGAGGAGUUUGUAAGUGUAGAUGGCAACAGUGUGAGACAGCAAAGAAGAAUUUGCAAUGAUGAUGAAAAUUUGACGUUAAAGAGAAGAUACACGGUGAAGUAUGGAAUGAAUGGAAUUUGAGAGGAGAAUAUGACUGAUUUUAUGCAAUGGACGUGAGGUGAAAAAGGAUAUGAAUAAAAUGAGAUGAGUUAAGGAUAUAAAUGAUAGAUAUUUGCAAACCUUGAACUGCUCAAAUAGAUAUGAAAAACAGUUCUUUUCUUUCAGAAUUGCAAGUAGAAAGACAAGUUGUAACAGAGCAGCUGUAAAAGGAUUAAUCGAGUUCUCGUUGAUUAAAGUAACGACCAAUUUGAAAUGUGAACAUAUCCUUGAUACAAUAGGACAAGAUCCUUUUCAGUAAGUCGAGUCUAAAGAUUUGCGGUUAUUCUGUCUUGGGAAUCUGCACAAGUAGUUAGUGGUAGAGGACUGGAUAUGACAAGAAUAUAGGGGAAGACGCGUUCGAUAAUGAGGUGAAAAAGGCUUCAUCCCGUGUGCGAAUGCCAUAUGUGUGACAAAAGGAAACAAGUUCACAGCUUAAAGCGAUAGAGUUGACAUGACAAAAAAUGAACACAAAAUACUGCUCUUAUGACGACGAAAUUUAUUUGGAAGUCUUUUUUUAUUACCUAGAACAUUGACAUCUCUGUAAAAUACUACCGCAAUAUUAGUGUUAUGCAUAUAUUCCACAUUGUUGGUUUUUAAAAACUAUUUUGCAUCCCAGAGGCCAUGGUUGAUUGAAGCUGCACUCUAAUUUUUGGUAAAAAAUGUCUAUUCAUUUAACAGGGUAAACUUGUCUUUAUAAAGCAUGUUUUAUCAAUUAUACAUUAUGAGAUGUUUACGGGACAUUUAGCCUCUUUAAUUUCGUUACCACGAAUCGACACAGAAGUUGCGUUUGGGAGACGGGUUAAAAGCAGAGAGUUGUGUGAUGUUUAUGCAUGCCGAGAUUCGUGCCACAGUUUUUACGUGCAACACUUUGCGGCCGUAAUGAAAAAAUGCAGAACCAUUUUGUGGCUGAGUUUGUGGAUGUCCGUAAGAAUGACACAGUGCUGGGAGUAGAACUCUCUUUAGCAGUCUUAACAUAAUUCGCUAAAAAAUAUGAAAGGGAUUGUAUUUUUUGACCGUUCGUAUAUCUAAAGACCUCUCAUACAGUGAGACAACGUUUCUGCAAUAUGAUAACCUAAUAUAUAAGUUACGUUCAAGUUGUCAACAUUCAGCUGUCGUUUUGUCAUUCACUUGAAAUCAAGAGAAAAAAUUAAAUAUUUGCCUGUGGCUCUGUAUUGAAUGGAGUAACUUUUUUAAGGAAAAGGACAGUAGGAAACGUAGCGUAGGUACAUGACUUAUUUCUCCGCGAAUAUCGACAUGAGAAGCUGGUUUUCACACAUUUACUUUGUUUUUCUUCCUUGUGCUCUACCUCACGUCAACGUUGGAUUAUAAUUGAUUGGUUAAUGAUGUUGUCGUGAAGUGUGCUAUACUAAUUGGUAUGACGUAAUUCUGAUCUCUAAACAGACUGUACAAAUACUAGCAUGUCCAAAGUAAUGGGCAUUCUCUUUUCCCAUUUUGUAUCCCUGCUUGACAGUAAAGCGUAUCAUGUAAAUUAAUGUUUUUACAUUAAGCCAGAACCAGUAUUAGUUUCAACGUUGCUGUGCAUUGGUAUACAAAGGCUCGCUACGAGUCCUUCAAAAAUAAAGUAGCACUGAGAUUAACGUUCUAAUAACCUCAGCACAUACUUCCACAUGCAUUUUACAAAUAGUGCAUCGGAGAAUUCACUAGAAACAUUCAUUGUUCGCCCGGUAAUUAAUGUCUGUUGAUAAAGACAAUUAACCCGUACCCCGGUUCAUCAUUCACAAGAGUUUCAGCGUGAAGCAAAUUCGUUGCCUUCUUUGCGAAACUCCCAACAAAAACUGCACGGUGCGUUUUCGUCUUUGCCAAGUACUCCUUUUAUCGCAGCGGCGGCAGCGAUUUUGUGGAGUAGGCCAUGAUAGUGUUCAUUUGAAGAAUUCUUGCCACUGCAAUUUCUGUGUUGUUAAUUAUUCAUACAUAAUAUUUCAUAAUUCGUCAGUCAUAUCUUGAAAGCACAUUGCACGUCUAGAAACGUUUAGUAAACAGUCAAAGUGUGUAUAUAAAGCUUUGGUAACUUGACCUAAUAUAUUUACUAAGAUCUUAUUAAUCAAUAGGUUCAGGUACACCCUCUCAACUAACCUGUGGAAUUAAUAUUUAAAAAAAAUUGAUGUUAUAUGCAACAUAAAGUAUUUAUACUUCAACUAACCAUGCAUUGCUCCUCCUAGAACCAGAGGCAAUCAAACUUGCAACCGCAUCAGUGUAAUUAUGAGUGGAGUGUCGUCCAGCUUGGCUGAUUUUUGCAUGUCGUACGUAGCCAUUCAGAAAGGAUGUCAAUUCUUGCAUUCACAUCAGCUUUCUGGUAUUUCCCCCAACCAAUCAAUAUAUUGUAAAUAUUGUUUAGUAAAUGAAGUACUCACAUGAAGCGUCCAUCGGAUCAGCACGAACAUAAACACUCAAUAUAACCUAUAUAUGUAUAUCGUAAGGGGUCGUAACCACCGAAGUGUCACUCAUGUCGUUAGAAUAGGCAAAUAAAAUUGUACCGUAUUUUAAGUGCCCUUGUUGGCUGUUCAAGGACAAUCACGCCGUUUCAUCCAAUAGAACCAAGAAAAAGUCCAAAUUUUGCCUAAACAUUUCCCCGAGUUCUGUUUAAUGUAGAAUACCACAUGGCCAAAACUGAUUUUUAUAUUCAAUCCUAUAUUCACCCUGGGCUUUUCAAGACCCUGAAGAGAUAUAUCACAAUAUUUGUAAAUGUGUAGGCUCCUUAUCAUGGAAUACCAUUAGUGCAAACAUGCGCAUGUAAUUAUAUUGUACAACUUCUUACAGGAAAUAUGGCUUCAAUAUAUUUUACAUAGUUCCAUCGAUCAGCAGCACAAAGAUAUUCCAGCCAAUUAUAUGUUAAUAUAUUGUGACUGUAUUAAAUAACACGGAAAGUUUGAGGCACUGUAAGUUUAAAUAUACAGCAUGUCAUUUUCGCUGUUGUGAUUAUGGGCAGUAGCUUGGCGAGACAUAAUAAACUCUUUCCCGCAGCCUUGGAUACCACGAAA